AUGCUGAAGAUCUCACUGCUUGCAAGGGACAGCAACAGCGAGCCCAAGUCCUUGGAUGAUGGGUCCAAGUCACUCUCGGAGAGUAGCAGUAGCAUCACUUCAGAGAGUGUCCAUCCUGAAGAGGAAGCCAAUGGAUUAUCGAUUAUGCAAACCUUGAUUCACUUAUUGAAAUGCAAUAUUGGCACGGGGCUCCUGGGACUUCCUCUGGCCAUGAAAAAUGCCGGCUUAUUGGUCGGUCCUUUCAGCCUGCUUGCCAUCGGGAUCCUCACCGUGCACUGCAUGGUCAUCCUGUUGAACUGUGCUCAUCACCUAAGUCAGAGACUGCAGAAGACUUUUGUGAACUAUGGAGAGGCCAUGAUGUACAGCCUCGAAACCUGCCCAAGCGCCUGGCUGAGGACCCACUCAGUGUGGGGAAGGUACACUGUCAGCUUUUUAUUAAUCAUCACCCAGUUGGGCUUCUGCAGUGUUUAUUUUAUGUUUAUGGCAGACAAUUUACAACAGAUGGUGGAAGAAGCCUACGUGACCUCCAACACCUGCCAACCCAGGAAGAUCCUGGUGCUGACCCCCACCCUGGACAUCCGUUUCUACAUGCUGACAGUCCUGCCCUUCCUGAUCCUGCUGGUGUUUAUCCAGAACCUCAGGGUGCUGUCCGUCUUCUCCACACUGGCCAAUAUCACCACCCUGGGGAGCAUGGCUCUGAUCUUUGAGUAUAUCGUGCAGGACAUUCCAGAUCCCAGGAACCUACCCUUGGUGGCAAGCUGGAAGACUUUCUUGCUGUUCUUCGGUACAGCCAUCUUCACGUUUGAAGGCGUCGGUAUGGUUCUGUCUCUCAAAAACCAGAUGAAGCAUCCACAGCAGUUUUCUUUUGUUCUGUACUUGGGGAUGUCCCUUGUCAUCGUCCUCUACAUCUGCCUGGGGACACUGGGCUACAUGAAGUUUGGGUCGAACACCCAGGCCAGCAUCACCCUCAACUUGCCCAAUUGCUGGUUGUACCAGUCGGUCAAGCUGAUGUACUCCAUCGGCAUCUUCUUCACUUACGCCCUCCAGUUCCACGUGCCAGCUGAGAUCAUCAUCCCUGUCAUCAUCUCCCAGGUGUCAGAGAGCUGGGUGCUGUUUGCAGACCUGUCUGUUCGCACGGCCUUGGUCUGUCUGACCUGUGUCUCAGCCAUCCUCAUCCCCCGCCUGGACCUGGUCAUCUCUCUGGUGGGCUCCGUGAGCAGCAGUGCCCUGGCCCUCAUCAUCCCGCCCCUCCUGGAGAUCACCACCUUUUACCCUGAAGACAUGAGCUGUGCCACCAUUGCAAAGGACAUCAUGAUCAGCAUCCUGGGCCUUUUGGGGUGUGUAUUUGGAACAUACCAAGCCCUCUAUGAGUUGAUCCAACCCAUCAACUAUUCCAUAGCCAACUCCACAGCUGUCUAUGCAUAA